UAUGCAUCAUUUUGGAGAUUGUUAUUCACACAAAAACUGUACUUCCAUAACAGACGCCCCCGAAAUCGCCAGGAGCAACGCCAAUGUCAACUAUAACGAGGGCGAAACAGCUCAUCUUGUCUGUGACGUCAUUGCAAACCCAGAACCAACCCGCCUAGAAUGGAUGGACCCUAGUGGACACGUCAUCGAAGAAACCGAAACGGUCAUCUCCUCUCCCCCUCCGUUUCGUAAGGUGAUCGAGUUCUCUGCUCAUGUAGAAGUGGGACAGGAUACUGUGUUCGGGAACUAUUCUUGUUUCGCUGCCAACGACUAUGGAAACGACAGCCAUGUUGUCUUGUUGUCUGGACAGAAAUUCCCUGGUUCCCCAACACAUCUAAAGGUGGUCGUCAUUUCGGCAACUUCGCUCAAACUAUCAUGGGCACAUGGACUGGAGGACAAAACCUCUGUUACCUUUAACGUGAAAUACUGCAGGAACAACUCUCGAAGUACAUGUACUGUAGUGGACGAUCUCCAAAGCCAGACGUUACUGAUGCCUGGUUUGUCAAUCUACACUUGGUACUGGGUAGCUGUAUGUGCGGAAAAUGCGUUUGGACAGAGCAGAAAGUGCGGAGAAAUUGUGACGUCAACACCACGUACCCUUACCUCCAAGUCUUUUGGGAGUGGAAGCAAGGUAUCACGCAUUGACAAAGCGGCUUACAAUAAGAAGAACCGAAGCCGAUAA